CACUGAUGCUAAUCUGCCAGGUCAAGCAAGAAAUUCACUCCCUCGCUUCCCUCCUCUUCAAACACAUCCGGCAAUCUCUCUCUCUCGCUCGCUCCCCCUCUGGAAUUCUCUGUUUCUUCCGUCACAGCCCAAUAAUGUCGAUUCUCAGCUCGUUUCGCCUCCGCUUGCGUCAUUUGACGCAUGAAUUGGGUUUUUGAAUUUCGAAUCCCUGUCUCGGUCGCAGCCCUCUCCGAGAGAGAAAGCUCUCUGUCGUGCUUCUGUGAGAGAGAGACAGAGACAGAGACAGAGACAGAGCUUCUUGCGUGCGAAGUGGAGAUAUGGAUGGAGGAGGGCAGAACAACCCCCGGACCGUGGAGGAGGUCUUUAGGGAUUUCAAGGGUCGUCGAGCUGGCAUGAUCAAAGCUUUAACCACUGAUGUUGAGGAAUUCUAUCAGCAGUGCGAUCCUGAGAAGGAGAAUCUGUGCCUGUAUGGAUUACCUAGUGAAAAGUGGGAAAUUAAUUUGCCUGCUGAAGAAGUGCCACCAGAGCUACCUGAGCCUGCACUUGGCAUUAACUUUGCAAGGGAUGGAAUGCAAGAAAGGGACUGGUUAUCCCUGGUUGCUGUGCACAGUGAUGCGUGGUUACUGUCUGUGGCCUUUUAUUUUGGUGCUAGAUUUGGUUUUGACAAGGCUGACAGGAAGAACCUGUUCACCAUGAUUAAUGAUCUCCCAACAAUAUUUGAAGUCGUAACUGGAACUGUCAAGAAACAGACAAAGGAGAAGACAUCGGUUCCGAAUCACAGUAGCAGCAAGUCCAAGUCUGGCUCAAAGGGGGAACAGCGAGGAUCAGAUUCAGGCAAAUAUGCAAAGACUAUCCAAGCGAAGGAUGAAGAUGAGGUGGUGGACGGAGAGGAAGAAGAAGAGCAUGGGGAUACUUUGUGCGGGGCCUGUGGGGAGAACUACGCUUCGGACGAGUUCUGGAUCUGUUGCGACAUGUGUGAGAAGUGGUUCCAUGGGAAAUGCGUGAAGAUUACUCCUGCGAGGGCUGAGCACAUCAAGCAGUACAAGUGUCCCUCUUGCAGCAAUAAGAGAGUUCGUACUUGAUGUAGCCGGUGCUGUGGCCGUAAGAUCUCUUCCCCCUCGGAGUUCUGUUAGGUUGGUGUAUGCUAAUUGUUGUCAGGUUGUCUAGUUUUCACUCCGUGCUUGCGCGACAGCACAUUGUACCAAACACUUGGUGUUGGGAACCUUUGUCGUCGUGUAUAACAUUUGUAGGUAGCAGGAUUUAAGCAUCUAUUUAAUUCAACAUUAGGAGUUAUUUGUACUUUUAGUUGGAAAACAGUUUGUUCUUCCAUUGCA